AUGUCGCGAGUUAUCGACUUGGUUCUGUCGCUGGCGUCCUGCGGAUUGACUGCGCCUAGCGCGGUCAGAUUUCGUACCGGAGGCGGCGGCCGAAUAAUUGGGGGAACCCCCGCCGACAUCGCCGAUUACCCAUGGAUGGUCUCCUUCCAAAACGCGGGCUCGCACUUUUGCGGAGUGUCUGUCAUCAGCAGUAACUGGGUGCUGACCGCUGCCCACUGUCUGUACGACCUGGAUAUCGUCGUAGUGACCGCAAGAGCGGCGACGUCGAUCCGUGAUAGCGGCGGUGUCAUGCUCGCGGCUUCGUACGGUGCGCUGCACGAAGGGUUCUCCCUGGAAACAGUCGACUACGAUAUUGCCGUAAUACAAGUGGGUUUAGACGGGCUACGGGUCUUUAAGAGGCCGCUCACGUGGAUGGGUCUUUCCCGAUCGGCAACAACGGGCUGGGGCAACACAGCCACAGAAGGCCCAUCGGCCUCCUCUCUGAUGAAGGUCGACAUCAGCGUCAUAGGCCGCGUCAGCUGCGUGGUCAGGUUCGGCGUCACAGAACGCAUGAUCUGUGCCGGGAAGUCUGGCAGGAGCACCUGCUACGGUGACUCCGGCGGUCCGCUGGUUAGUGGCACCACGCAAGUCGGCAUCGUCUCCUGGGGCAGCGAGUACUGCGAGACAGAUGGUGCCGUCUGCACCAACGUCGGAAACCUUCGCUCUUGGAUCAGAGCUGUUGCUGGCGUCUAA